AUGAAGCAAAUGGAAGAUUCUAUGAACGGGAGAUAUGAAACGCUGCAAGACAAGCUUGCUGAAUUAAAGCAGAAUCAUACUCUUGCUAAGGAUGACGUUUUCCAGGAGUUGAGUUCGACUCAGGAAAAGUAUGAAAGUCUACAGAGCACGUUGAUGGAAUUGGAGAACAAUAUUACCGCAAGGGACGACUCCUUGCAGGCUAUCGAGCGUUCUAUUAAGGAACUUGAACGCGAUGUGAAAGAGCGAGAUGAAACUCAGAAUGGUAACCUGAUUGAAAUCAAAAAACAAGUCCAGGCAAAGAACAACACCCUGCUUGAGAUGAUACGGAACAUGACCAGAUUAGAAGACCAUUCGAAGGUUAAACUUGAAGAGCUAGAAGCUAACCUCAACAAGCUGCAAAAUGAAACCGAAUUAAUCAAGAACUAUAGUAUUCCUAGCUCAUGCAAGAGUAUAUCAUCAAAACAAACUGGUUCUUAUACCAUCCAUCUUGGGAAUGGUCAAUUUAAAACGGUAUAUUGUGAGCAGGUCGCAUUCGACGGCGGCUGGAUCGUAUUCCAGUAUCGCUUCAACGGGAAAGUUGAUUUCUACCGAACCUGGGAUGAGUAUCGCGAUGGCUUUGGAACUCUCGACGGGGAGUUUUGGUUAGGUUUGAAGUAUCUUCACCAGCUAACCUCAACCCGGAAGCACGAGCUUAUGGUGGAAGUGAAAGACUAUGACGGAAACUACGGCUAUGCAAAGUAUGAUCACUUCGAGAUUGGCAGUGAAGCGGAAAAGUUCGUCCUGAAGAUUGGAAAUUACAUUGGAACGGCUGGAGAUUCAAUGGCUUCGAAUCAGGGCAUGAAGUUCACUACUAAGGAUAGCGAUAAUGAUAGCAGCCUCUCGGCGUUCCAGAAGAAGUCCUCGUCGAACGAGGAUCCCCCUGAAAUGGGUCAACCGACGCACCAACCUCCGUGCUGA